GCCGAGGUGACGCAGAGACGCGGAAUAAUCUCGGGAUAAUUAGCUGGCUGGCUAAUAGUCUGCUAGCAGUCUUAUAGCUACAUGUAUUUUCGCUAAUUUAACAAACUCUCUCGCCUUUGACUCUGUGGGCAGAUUGUGAAUAGAUUUUUUACCAGCGCUCUAAACAAGCAAAGCAUCAGAUCGACUGAUCAUGGCGUCUGUCUUGGAUGUCCUAUGGGAAGACCGAGAUGUUAGAUUCGAUAUCUCUACUCAACAGAUGAAAACGAGACCUGGGGAAGUACUUAUUGACUGUCUGGAUUCUAUAGAGGACACGAAGGGAAAUAACGGCGACAGAGGGAGACUUUUGGUGACCAACCUGAGAAUCAUCUGGCAUUCACUAGCUCUACCAAGAGUCAACCUUUCUGUUGGAUACAACACAAUCAUCAACAUCACGACUAGGACGGCAAAUUCAAAACUAAGGGGACAAACAGAAGCUCUGUACAUACUGACCAAGUCCAACAACACCAGAUUCGAGUUCAUUUUCACCAACGUGGUCCCAGGCAGCCCGAGGCUGUUCACAUCAGUCAUUGCUGUGCACAGGGCCUAUGAGACCUCUAAGAUGUACCGGGACCUGAAGCUGAGGGGCGCUCUGAUUCAGAAUAAGCAGCUGAGGCUGCUUCCGCGUGAGCAAGUCUACGACAAGAUCAACGGCGUGUGGAAUUUAUCCAGUGACCAGGGCAACCUAGGGACCUUCUUCAUAACCAAUGUCCGGAUCGUGUGGCACGCCAACAUGAACGAGAGCUUCAACGUCAGCAUUCCCUACCUGCAGAUACGCUCCAUCAGAAUAAGAGAUUCCAAGUUUGGCCUGGCCCUGGUCAUAGAGAGCUCACAGCAGACUGGAGGGUAUGUUCUCGGCUUCAAGAUCGACCCGAUGGACAAACUGCAAGAUGCAGUGAAAGAGAUCAACUCGCUGCACAAGGUGUACUCUGCCAAUCCCAUUUUCGGGGUGGAGUAUGAGAUGGAGGAGAAGCCUCAGCCACUGGAGGACCUUACGGUGGACCAGCCUCCUGAUGAUGUGGAGAUUGAACCAGAUGAGCAGACCGAUGCUUUCACUGCCUACUUUGCAGAUGGAAACAAGCAACAGGACCGAGAGCCGGUGUUCUCUGAGGAGCUGGGCCUCGCCAUAGAGAAGCUGAAGGAUGGCUUCACCCUGCAGGGGCUCUGGGAAGUCAUGGGCUGAGUCCGGCCCAGACCCGGCCCUGACGUGGCACGGAUCCGGUCCUGAUGUGGCACCGAUCUGGCCCAGACUCAGCUGUCUGAUAACUAGGGUAUAGUGUUUGGGGUUGGGGUCUGCACAGUGGGCCAAUGAGCUGCUAUGGUAGUCAUCUGCUCACCAGAAUAAACUGUAUUAAUUGAAUGUUCAUUAAAAUAUUUAAUCAUGUCUGUAAAUGCAUCAGUCGCCAGUGAUUAUGUAAACUGUAAAGUGUGAUUAUCAACGUCAGUGGCUGAUAAACCGUCGCUGUGUGUAAUGAGGAUCUAUUUAUAUAGAAUUCACCCUGUUAUAUUUUUACAUGUAGUGCCUGUAUAUUUGUACUUUGUCUAGAUUUAUAAGGAAAUGCUUUGUUACCUUUGCUACCGAGAUGCAUUAAAGUUUGCAAAGGAUUAAA